ACCGGCACGGUGCCAGGAAGGAAAGGAAAGAAGGGUAUGUUAUAUUAUGUAAUCUGAGGUGCCGAAAUCAGGCUUCAGAUCCACAGACGACCAAAGCUGUUGUUGUGCAGAUACAUGGGGGGAUGGCGGAAUUCGGGACUUGGAACGGGUCCUCUACCGCGGAUUUAUCGUCUGCACCGCAAACGGAUGCAUUCAGUGAUUGGAUCCAUCCUGAUGGGUUUCAUCUCUUCUUGUGUGACUUCUGAAUGCAUUUCCACAGUUUCGUUUUAUUUUUUUAUUUUUUUUAUUUUUCCCCCAUUUCGUGGCAAGAAAUGCUGCUGAUGGCCGUGGCCCAGCAAAGGCGGUCACUCUGACUACCGGUGUUUGCUUCCUCGAGGGAAUUGUGUGUGUACACCGAACUCCGCACCCUCUUUUUGUGAGUCAAUAAUACCAUCCAUACCGGGAUUUCUUUCCAAGUGUCGUACUGGUAGGCAUCGCAGAAAGGUUGCUGCCGGCACUGUGGACCCUUGGAAGAGAGCUGUGACUAGGAGUUCGUGCGAUGUUCCUCUAAAAUUUUAAUGUUAAUGCGGUAUUCCAUGAUCUACCUAUACCUGGACCUAUGCCGAAGAAUCGAAGUUGAAAACGCACACAAAAGCAUUGAUGUAGGGUUGUGAGGGAAGGCAAACUAGGGGGAGGGUUAAACUCAGUUGUGGGGAGAAAGUGUGGAGAUCGGAAUGACUGAUUGAUUGAUUGAUUGAUUUGAUUGGGUGCAAUUUAGUCCGAGCCCAACAGCCCAGUGGUACUGAAAUUGCAAUAUGGUAUUUCAAGGUCGGAUUCCUUAUCAAACUAAUUGGAUGGUGUAGGAAAAGAGGUCGAGUUUGAGUUAAUGAGUGUCGUUUUGUCUGCUCGUCACUGCAGACCGUCGAACGGCCCAAUCCAACCGAUGCAGUGAUGGAUGGGCUUGCCAGGCAGUAAAAACGAUGGCCAAAUCAAAGCAAAUUUAAGUGGAGGAUGGCUAACACGUGAGUAGUAAUCAAAUAGCAUAUUUGCGCGCAUAUGUUUCAAUUUUGAGAACUUGGGAGGUGGAACAGGCUCCACGCUGGAGAGCUGGCAGACGGACAGAGGAGAGGCCUGGCAAAGAACAACCCCUUCAUCGUCGUUGUCGUUCUCAGGAAUUAGUUCUGUGCAUGAACGUUGCUCCAAUUGUGGUUAGUUUCAGCAACAGUGCGGAGUUGAAUCAGAAGACGUUCUUCCGGUUCUUCAGCCCAUGCUGGAUGCCCGUCGCAAUCUACGUGCACCGUCACCUCAGCGGCUUGGCUCCUGGCGUCACAGUCCACCGUUGUGGAGGUGGGGAAACUGCAGCUUAGGAAUGGGAGAGGAUGUAUGGUGCGGGAUCUUGGGUUGGGUGUCGCCGAGACAUAGCUCAGAAGGCACGAUCUGAGCUGCUUCUGUGGACCAUUUCCUGCAGCAGGUGUUCCAGAUCUCCCUAAGGGCAAUCUGUCCAGGUCGACAGAUUGUUGGCUACGGGGUGUCGAGUGUGUUGUUGAGAGUAAAGACCACGAUUGAAUCGGCAGUAUGGUGGCGGUGGCGGGGAGGCAGGCUUUAGCUUUCGCACGCGUUGCAGCAGUGGUAUUGCUGUGCAUAACAGGAUGGCAGUUAGGAAAAGGAAAUGGUGAGCUUGGGGUGAACUGGGGGACGAUCUCUCACGACCCGCUCCCCAACAACAUCGUGGUGAAGCUGCUACAGGAUAACAAUUUCGCCAAGGUAAAACUCUUCGAUGCGGAUCCAAAUGUAAUUGAGUCCAUGCGGGGGACAAACCUAGAGGUCAUGGUCGCAAUCACUAAUGACAUGCUUGCGGCUAUGGCUGCGGGGACAGACGCAGCGGCUGCUUGGGUUAAGCAGAACGUCACUGCGCACCUCGGUAGUGGUGGUGUCAAUAUAAAGUAUGUAGCAGUCGGAAAUGAACCAUUCCUGAACGGCUAUAAUGGGAAAUUUACCGACGUGACAUACCCAGCUCUAAAAAAUGUACAAGCAGCGCUAGCGGCAGCAGGGCUUGCGGAGACAGUGAAGGCCGUGGUGCCUUGUAAUGCAGACAUUUUGAGCAACAACCCUCUUCCGUCGCAACAAACAUUUCGGUCCGACCUCGCACCAAUCAUGUUGAACAUUGCUCAAGCAUUGGACAGCACAAAAUCUCCCUUCGUUGUCAACCUGUAUCCAUUUCUGAGCUUGGUUCUUGGGACCAAUUUCCCCAUCGACUACGCAUUCUUCUCGGGGUACAGUACACCCCUCGUGGAUGGGACGAAAACGUAUGACAAUGUCUUUGACGCUAGCUAUGACGGUGUGGUGAGUGCCUUAGUCACCGCGGGCUACCCCAACAUGGUGGUGAGUGUGGGCGAGAUUGGCUGGCCGACAGACGGCAACGCUUAUGCCAACAUAACCCUAGCUCAGAAAUUCAACCAGCAGCUUGUGAAUCACGUAGAGAGCGGGAAGGGCACGCCACUUCGCCCUGGCAAACUGGAAGCCUAUGUUUUCAGUCUGCUCGAUGAGAAUGCGAAGAGCACGCUGCCGGGUAAUUUUGAACGACAUUGGGGUGUCUUCAAUUUCGAUGGAUCCGUCAAGUACCUUCUCGACCUCACAGGUGGUGUCAGCGGCACUCAAACAAGGCUCAUCGGAGCUCAAAAUGUACCUUACUACCCAAGUCAAUGGUGCGUGUUGAACCCCAUCAAGGACUUGUCCACAUUGCCAGCCAACCUCGACUACGCAUGCUCUCGCGCCGACUGCACACCUUUGACGACUGGAGGAUCGUGCAGCGGCUUGACACUGCAACAGAACGCGUCCUACGCCUUCAAUCAGUAUUACCAAUUCAACAACCAGCUCAAGUCGGCGUGUGAUUUCCAAGGCCUGGCCCAGGUGGUCACCACCGAUCCGUCUGUCGGCUCCUGCAAAUUCGUGAUUGGGGUCGCGGAAUCUUCCACCUCCACGCCUUCUGCACCAGGAUCUGCCGGUCGCAGCGCCGCAUCGACGUCGUCGCCCCUUCCCAGCUUGAGAAUACUGAUCUCCAUCGCCGCUGCUGCCAUUGUUGCGUCCCUUUUCCCCUAAACCCUGUCGAAGUUUUGCAAGGAAUGGUUCCGUUUUUUUUUUUUUUUUUUUUUUUUUUUUCCCCUUUCUCUUUCUCUCUCUCUCUCUCACUCAAAAUCUGUCAAGGACCUCAGAUGGUGCCAUCCCAUCAAUUUUUUGAGUUUUUUUUAUUUUUUUGUUUUCUGGUUUUCGAUUUUUGUUCUGGAUCCCAUUCAAUUGAUUGUAAUGUAUUUUAUGCACCCAAGGUCUGUCGAUGUUUUUAUCAGCUGGAAGUUGAUCCACCGUUCUGAGGUUGAGCUUUUUUCUAGUUCUGAUCCUGGUGUGAGCGAUUUCGGUGGGUAUGAUUUGAAAUGCACGGUGAAUAGGAAAUGUUCCACUUAGCCUUUUUGACUAUUAUUACAAAGCGGAAAAUUUAAAAUGUUGUGGCUUGUUUUUGUAAUGGUGUAUUUUAAUUUGUAA